AUGAAUAUUCCCAGCUUGACACCGACAGAGUUUCCAGUGUCUUAUUUGAUAUCCGAAGUGAUCAGUUAUCUCAAGAACCAGGAUAAGGUGCAGGAAGAGCUGAGGAAUGAAUGGGUUCGGAAGAUCGAAAAGAAUGGAGUCGGGAAUUUGGAUGAAAACAUGAAAGCACUCAGUGAAAAGGUGUUUGCCCAGGCAAGAAAUGAUACUAUUGACCUUUGUGCAUUGUGUUUUAGGGGUUAAUGAAACGGAAGGAUUGAUUUUGACAUUGUUUUAGGGCAAUGUUGAGACCAGAUUGGAGCACAUGGGCUACAGAGUUGGCUACUCGCUUGCCGAGCGAUUGUCCAAGGAUCUCCCAAGACUGCCCGGGGAAUUGGAGAGUGUUAAAUUUAUUUGUAAGGAAUUCUGGACGAAUGUCUUUGGUAAACAAGUGGAUAAUUUGAGAACCAAUCAUCAGGCAAGUGUAAUGUAAAUUUUGAGUCGAACUUUCAUCUUUCAGGGUACGUAUGUCAUCCAAGACAACAAAUUCCCUUUUCUGACCUCAUUCUCGGAGGGACAGCAGUACCUAAACGAAGCCAUCCUUUACCUAGCCUUGCCUGCAGGCAUUCUUCGAGGAGCUCUGAGCAAUCUUGGAAUCGAAACUUCAGUGGUUGGAUCCUCAGACGCCCUUCCGAUUGCCAGGUUUAAUGUGACUGUACAACAAGUUGAAGAGGAGAAGAACGAGGUUCAACCGCUUCUGUGA